UCCGGUUCAUACUUCGCGGGCUCCCGGUUCAUGUGGCCGCAGCGGACACGUCAGGUGGGGGGGGGGGGGGAUCAGCACCCUGGACAGCGGCGGUCUGUCAACAACAAGCAGCCAGAGCUCCGAACCCUGCCCAGCUGCACUUGGAGACCCGGGAGCACGGGGACGCGCACAUCACGCGUCGGAGGCGGAUGGAUGACCACAUAAAAAACCCCGUCUUGUUUACAGGAUGAUAGUUUUUUUUUUUCUCUUCUCCCUGUUCCGGAAGUAGCUGCUGCGUUGGUUCAAUCUCCAAGCCGACCAUUUCGAGGAGGAAAAUCAGCGCCAGCAGGAUGAUCACCUCCUUCUAUCUGGUCCUGUGAUCAAAACCAGUACCGCUGGGGACGGGCUCUCGGAUGCGAAGACAUCUCCAUGCGUCGUUCCCGUCUUUCAUCCCCAGGGUGCCUUUAGAAUUCUGCCUCUCUCUUUUUGACCGUUUUUUUUUUUUUUUUGAAGGGGGGUGGGGGGGGAGCGCUUGCAAUGAAAUGCUGAUGGACAUCGAGGCGAAGAUGGGAAACAUGGGGCUUGUCGCCGCGUUUCCAGCCCCACGCGCCUGAACAAUGCCAAGGAUUGGGGUUUUGAUCUCGAGGUGGAUUGUCGGGGUGAAUGGCUCGGAUUGCUCCUGGAUCCACCAGAGGCUUUACAAAAAGGAGAGGAAAUAGAGAGAGAGAAGGAGUGGGGGGGGGGGGGGGGGGGGAGAGAAAGAAAUGGACCAUGAUCUGACGCUCGGGAUGCUACAGUGAGGGACAAUAAAACCAAAACAUAGACAUACUACUAUAAUCAGCUAAAUCAGACUUCCAUUUCAGCUUUCAUAUUUCCUUUUUGGAUUAUGAUUCUUGACAAGAGUCCCAGAUGUGACUGUGUGGAUGGCAUGUCGUUGUGUUUUACAUCCCAUCUUCUAUUUCCUGGCUCUGUGUUGCUCUCUCUGCCUCUUGUCCACUCUCUCGCGGUCUUCAGCUUCGGGUAGCGAACCAUGUAGGCUGCUGUAUUGUUGUUGCUGCAAGCCCAGCGCACCUGUAAAAAAAAGAAGAAGAAGAAGAAGAAGCUGUCUUUGGAGGGAAAUGGACCGUGGAAAUCAAAGCCCGUGCAAGUUGUAGUGUUUUUUUUGUUUGUUUUGCUUCUGGGGUGCGGUGUAAGAUGCAUCAUCCAUAGGCAGAUGAAUAUUGAAAGAGCGUGUCGGCCAGCUGAAAGAGAAAAUCGUUCAUCCGCAUUGGCUUAGACACACAUGCCAUCAGUGGGGCGAGUGCCUUUUAUUUCUCUGUAUUUCCAAUUAAUAGGCCGGCUGUGGUAUUAAUGAGCAUCAAUAAGAGUGAACAAAUCGGGUGUAUGAAUAAUAACGAUAACCACAAAACCAAUAAUAUCAUAAUAACAAUAAUAGAGGGAGAGGAGACAAAAACAAUUUCCUUUAUUUCAAUCUGGAGGAUUCUUUAUGUAGCCCAACAUGUUUAAGUAUCGGAUCCGCAUGUUUUUUAAUGAACUGAAAGUCCUGGUUUUUAUGCGAUCCGAUUCGAGACAGUCCAGCUCAGACACAGAGAGACGGCCCACCACCAUGCGAGGUCUGGGGAUGGGCGGCUGCGGUUGGCCGCCGUUCGUCGACUGCCAUUCCCGGGAUGACGAGGAGGAGUACUACGGCAGCGAUCCGCGGCCCCGGAGCCUGGCGUUCGAGGACAAGGAGCCCAAGCUGUCCGUGGGCCUGGACGCCGUGUCUCUGGCCAGCACCGCCAGCAGCAUGCGGACCCCCCAGUGCCGGAUCUGUUUCCAAGGCCCAGAGCAGGGGGAGCUGUUGAGCCCCUGCCGAUGUGACGGCUCGGUGCGCUGCACCCACCAGCCCUGCCUCAUCCGCUGGAUCAGCGAGAGAGGAUCCUGGAGCUGCGAGCUCUGCUACUUCAAGUACCAGGUCCUGGCCAUCAGCACCAAGAACCCUCUGCAGUGGCAGGCCAUUUCUCUGACGGUGAUAGAGAAGGUGCAGAUAGCGGCCAUUAUUCUGGGUUCCCUGUUCCUCAUCGCCAGCAUCUCCUGGCUCAUCUGGUCCUCGCUCAGCCCCUCCGCCAAGUGGCAACGCCAGGACCUGCUCUUCCAAAUCUGCUACGGCAUGUACGGCUUCAUGGACAUCGUCUGCAUAGGCCUCAUCAUCCACGAGGGAUCGUCAGUGUAUCGGAUCUUCAAACGAUGGCAGGCCGUCAACCAGCAGUGGAAAGUACUGAACUAUGAGAAGUCGAAGGACCUGGGCGACCCGCUGAGCUCCAGCAGCAAGACGGGGGCCCGCGGCUCUCGGGCCAGCCCCCACGGCCUGGCCAGCAGCAGCGGGGGGCGGCAGAGCCGGAGGUUAAGGACUAUCCUGAACCACCACUGUGGGUACACCAUCUUGCACAUCCUGAGCCAACUGCGGCCCAACGACCCGCGGAUCGGCGCCGCCUCCAACCGGGAGGUGGUGAUGAGGGUCACCACUGUAUGAGCCAGACCAGGCGAUGGGACAGACCUCGUCUUUGUGUCCUGAUGUAAAUGAGAGGACAUGGACCGAACGUUAAAAACCACAGACUCACGCGUGGAGCCGAGCGAUGCCGCAUCAACAGACACUGGAGGAUUUCUCCUUUUAUUUCUUACAACAAAAAGAAAGCCAGAUGCUCCCUUUCAAAAAUUAAAGAACGGAUGAAAAGAAGGAUGCAUUAAAAGACAUGACAUGAAAUGUUUGGAGGAGAAAAAAAAGUGUAAACAGGCUUUAUAACCUAAUCCAAGAGGAAGAGAUGUUUUUUUUCCAGUUCAAUAUCAGGAUGCACAAAAGACAUUUUCCUUUUGAGUUCUCUCUUCUUUGGUUUGAUUUGUAUCUUUUUCUUCUUUUUUUGGGUUUGUUUUUCUACUCACUUUGAUUUUGUACGGAUGUAUGAUUUUAGAGGAAAUCAUGUAACUCCAUACAUGCCAGGCGUUUCCAGACAACUAUGUAUAAUGAUCUUAAAAUUUCUACAAGAUAACCAACCGAUGCUGGUAAAUAGACCGAAAACUGAAACAAACAUGAGGGGGAAAACACAACUGAACAAUAAGUCGUUACAAGUUAAAAAAAAAAAAAGAAAAAAAAUUGAGAAAAAGAAGAAAAAAAAAGAAAUCAGUAAGAUUUCAGUGACACUUAACCUUUCUGCAAUAAAGAUAUGUACCGGUAUGUACAUUUCACAGGGGGUUUUGCAUGGGUAUAUCAUUUUAUUCUUCAUCACAUAACAUAAGCACAUGACAAAUUUGCUCUAUUUCGAAUGGUGCUUGCCAAAAUAAACACUUUAGAAACAUCUGAUUUCAUUGCACCAACUUUUUGUCAACGUGACAAAUGGCAGUGUGUUACAGCUAUUUCAGCUCAAGUACAGAUUGUUGCUGCUGUGUGCUGAUAUCAGAUUUGAUAAUAAGUGAACUAUUGGAUUAAAAAUGGGGAUCGGAUGAUCUCUUACUACUCAGUC